AUGUCAUCCCUCCGAAUGAGCCUGCCAAAGCGUCGAUUGAAAACACUGGGUGAGAUAAAACAGCUCUCAGAGUGCGCGGAAGUUCGCGACAAGCAGGGCAUCCAUGAGAAACUCGCUUCCGUCAGCGCCCUUAAGCUCGGGAGGAAACCGAGGACCGCUCUCAUGGAGAUAUUGCAAGACCGUUAUGGGAUCGAAGAUACAUCGGUCCCCUCUCUGUGCCUGACGGGCAUGCCCAUAGUGGGCAAAGCCCUGUCCUCACCUUUCUUCUUCGAACACGACGUGCCAGCGACCAUAUCCGUCAAAGAACUUCUCAGUCUGUCCAAAAAGCACAGGACUACCAUGAUGAAUCGUGUUGUGCGGAUGGCCGGGUCAUCCGGCGAGCAAACCGCAGCGGCCAUCUGGGACAAGACUGUUAAGGAAGUUGCCGAGGGUUCCAUGGCUGGACCGUUCACCCUGGAAGACGUCCAGAACAGGCAAGUCUCCAUCUCCAUCACUGCGGUGUACGACCCCGCAAACAAACAGGCAAAGCUGUUUGAGAUUUACGGACAACCAUUCGGAGCAGGCCAUGCAGUCCCGAACUUCUACCGCGUGGCUGAAUGGCUGUCCAGGCUCGUAGGGUUCGACAUCGAUGGCAAGAAAUCACAGCCUCCGGCGGAAUUUUGCCAUGUUUUGGGAGUUGCGUUCAACACCCAAGCCCUGGCCGCUGAGAAGCACUUCCUUGUCGAAGCCAAACCUUCACGGAAGCUUAAUUUCUGCAAGAUGGUUCGAGCCGUCUUGUCGCAAGGAGAGCUAACUCCCUCCUUAGCUGGCAGCAUAGUCGGCAAGUUCGGCUUCCUUUGCAGUAGUCUUUUCGGCAAAGUCGGUCGAUGUUGUACUAAGUCCGUCAGAGACAGACAGUAUUCUGUUUCACCCCUAUUUUCCAUCGACCCAAACCUUCGAGCCAGCUUACAGCUGAUGAUGGAGUUCGUGAACCUUUCUCCUCCAAGAACGGUUCAAAUGUCGAACGACACGCCGCGUCCGAUUCUCUACACGGAUGCCUCUGACGUCCCAGAACGCCGAGGGGGCAGAUUCGUCCUGGGAGCAGUUCUUCUUUAUGGGGCCAUGAGAGAAAGGAUGGAAUACACCUCACUGGUACUUCCUCCUGACCUUGUAGCCACAUGGGCUCACCGGCAAUCAUACAUGGGACAGCUAGAACUUUUGGCGGGACCUCUUGCUCUUGCAACCUGGCCCGCCGUUCUUCGCCACACCAAGCUUUUCCAUUUCAUCGACAAUGACUCUGCAGCUGCCUGUUUGGUCAAAGGUUAUAGCCCCCAGGUGGACUCUUCGCCGCUUGUGGGCGACUAUUGGCUGAAAGCCGCAGCUGCGGGUCUCGAUGUCUACAUCGACAGAGUAGAGUCAAAAUCCAAUUUAGCGGACGGGCCCAGCAGAUUGGACUAUCAAGUAGUUCAUUCGCUGGGAGGAAAAUAUGUCCCGCCGCCAACCGGAUUUUCAAUUCCUACUCUGCAUUCCUUUUCCAAACUCGAUUGGGCUCGAGACUUGUGA